AUGGAGUUUCUACACACCAUGAGAAAAGUGUCCGCGAUGGUCGCGGAAACGCUCUCGAAAGAUAUGGUCGCGCAGUGCUGUCAAUCCUCGGACAUAGACUUCCAGGACUUCUUGUCGAGGUCGCUGAACCUGGAGACCCACUUGCCGAAGCUGGAGGAGAUAUACCAGAUGAGCAUGAUGCCGACCAUGUGGUCGGACCUUUUCGGCAUCGAGUGCAGAAUGCUGGCAAACAGGAUCCUGCUCAACACGAACAUCGAGGUGGUGAACCUGAUGAACACAUACAUCUCGAGGAAGGGCGUGGAUCCAGCGUACUCGCAGAGGAUGAACCUGCUCGGACAGAUCUACGAACUGACCACGGGCAUGUACAAUAACACGGACGAGGCCCUCGCGAAGGGCGGCGUCGCAAAAUCCGACGUCAAAUCGAGCAACUUAAAAAACACAGGCGACAAAAGCCAAGACUACACACUAGGUGGGACCGAAACACACUCUAACGCUUCCACCGCAAGUAACACACACCGACAAACCACAACCAGAUCACAGUACGAUUUCGUCAAGUCGGCCCCGGAGCCGACCCAAAAAUACGCAGCAAAUCGCAACUCAAUUGACUCUGCAGUGACCGCAUCAACCAUGAGCACGGCCCGCAACGACAGCAUCCAGGGCGGGUACGACCAGGCGUCAGUCUCGGGUCUGUUCUCAGUCAUUUCGAAUCUGGCAGUCUACAACGAAAGGCUCUCGAAAAAAUGCGCCGAGGACAGAACCUACUACAACCACUGCUGCAAGAAGCUGUACUACCUGUCGGAAGAAGAGUUGCUUAACAGGCCGGAAUUCGUAGAAAGGGGGAGGGCGAAGGCGACGCAGUUCCUGAGGCAGUUCAGCAGAGCCAUGGGCAUCGACAAGUGCACGCACAACCUGGCGUUGCUCUUCUUCGACUGCUACCUCGACCGCCUCUCGAGGGACCACCAGAGGCACCCGCUGAGCACCUGGAACUCCGUGCCCACCGACGCAACCUCAGACACGAUUUACAAUCUCCGCAGAAACUACCACGAAUAUUCCGAUGAGGAUGUGCUCAAGAUAGCGGUCGCGUGCUACCUGCUGGCCGCGGGCCUCAGGGAGCACUGGGUGGACCUGAACAAGGACAAAUACCUGCAGCACGCAGUCGACAUGAGCAACAACGCCUUCACGAUGCGCGAGGUGAUCGCGGUGCAGCUCGACGUGCUCAACCGCAUGCCCAGGGGCUUCACCACGAUCUUCACGUGCAUGGAGUACGGACUCUUCUACCUGUCUAACUUGAAGUACAUCAACCACGACCUCAGCGCGCCGUACACUGCCAAGAGCAGCGGACGCAUGGAGUACUUCGACGACUUCCUGUUCCUCGAGUCGGCCUUCAACUUCAUGGUCCAGAGCGGCUCGCUCUGCUGGCUCUACCACUGCCUCACCAAGUGGGACGACUACUACAUCAGCAAGAACUGGAACCGCUUCAUCCCGCCGAGCAGGGCCGCCGCGGUCCUCGUAUUCCACUUCUUCGUCUCCUUCUUCAAGAUCGACAUUGAGAAGGACCUCGUCUGGUGCCGCCGCUUCUGCCUCAGGGUCUUCAGGAUGUUCUACGACUCGGACCUUGCGCUGUGGUACCUGGUCUUCAGGGAGAACAUCAGCUCGUUCCUCGUGUGCCUGGAGCGGUCCUCCGACCGCAUGUACAAGAUGCGUGCUCUGUUCGAAAUGAGCUCGAACGUGUUCAGGUCCGCCGAGGCCUCAGUCAACUCCUACCACGCGAGGAUCAUUUUGGAGUACUUCGGGGCGACCGCCGCCUCCCCCGCGAACAACCGCCAGGCUCCCACCAAGGCAAACAUAUUAACCGCUGGUCAGCACAGCGCUUCCAAACUGCCUAACCACUCAAAUCCGCUCAACCACCCAAAUCCGCUCAACGCUUCGAAAUUGGCUGACGCUUCCAAACUGGCCAACAACCCCCUCAACGGCCACACCUCCGUGGACCGAAGUCACAAGCCUGACCCGCCUUCUAGGAAUGACGCAAUGGACCUCGACCCCAAUCGUGCGAAGGGCACCAAAUCGAACGUCAACUUGUUUGGCCUGUGCUACGACACGAUCUCAUCACUCUUUUCAAACAUAAUUACGAUUCUCAGGAAAAUUUAA